GGCGGGGUAGUAAAAUUGAAAUUUAGUUUAGUAUGUAAUGUCAUUUUUGACGUUUGAUAUAGUAGUAAUUACUCUAAGGCGAGUGGUAGCAAAAUAUAAUCCGGCUAAGUUUGAAAGCGAACAGUUUGUUAUAACGUAGUGGAUUUCGGCUAUCUCCGUUUGUUACAUGAUUAUUUCCGUCAUCUGUCAAUCUAUCUAUGACUGUACGUUACAUACAAUCGAGAGAAUCGCUUUUUUCGCUACUCGCUAGGCUGGUAUAUAAUAGUAAUAGCUAGAGAAUAAUACUAUGAUGGCGAUAUUGGAUAUUUAUAAAUUUAUGUCAGCCCUAGAAGUGAACGAAAUCGCCAAUAACUGCAUAAAAAUUUACAAUGAUUUACCUAAAUCAGGAAAGCCUAAAGAAAACGAAUGGACUGUAUUGUCAUGCUUUGUACAGCGUGAUAAAAUUUUUGGAGCUAUUAAGGUGGUGUCAUUAGGAACUGGUUCAAAAUGUGUUGGUGCUACCAAAAUGUCCCCAUCAGGUAAUAUCGUCAAUGACAGUCACGCUGAAACAUUGGCCCGUCGCGGUUUACUUUUAUACUUGUAUUCAAAUAUAACUCAGUGUUUGAACAGUCAAGAAUCUGUUUUUACUUUAGAAGAUUCAUAUUUUAAGUUAAAGUCAAAUAUUGAGUUUGUGUUUUAUUCAUCACAGUUGCCUUGUGGAGAUGCUUCCAUUUUACCGAAGGAUGGUUGUGAAGAAAUGGGUGACCUGGUCAUUUCACUGAAAAGAAAUGCACAGACAGAUGACAUAAGCACGGAAACAAAAACUAAUUUGGUUGAUAUACAUCGAACUGGUGCAAAAUGUUUACCAAGCUCCAAACAAGAUCCAAAACUUCCAGGGAAAGAUUAUCAUGUAUUGGGACAAGUGAGGACUAAGCCAGGAAGAGGUGAUAGAACACUUUCUGUUUCGUGUAGUGAUAAAAUUGCCAAAUGGAUUCAGUUGGGCGUACAAGGCAGCCUUCUAAGUCUUUUGUUAACAGAACCAAUAUAUAUCAGCCAUUUUAUAUUUGGGGCAGGUGUCCCAUUUUCUAAGGAUAGCUUGACCAGAGCUUUAGUUACUAGAAAUGAAUCACAUCUUAAACCAAAAUCGACACCCCAUUUUUACCAAUGUGUAGAAUGUUUCCCCAACAUAAAAUCAGACAAAAAGCUCAGGCCAGCACCAAAUAGUAUCAUUUGGAUUUACAACUUAUCACCUGAAGUUAUAGAUCAAGGAAAAAAGCAAGGGGUGACAAAGAAAAACUAUAACUGCACUAGCAGCUACCUCGGGAUUUGUAAAUACAACUUAUACAAAAGCUUUCAAAAUAUUUUAAUGAGGAACAAGAUCAUAGAAGAAAGGAUUUGCAAAGCUGAAAACUUAGAAGAUAUACCAUAUAAUAGAAUGAAGCGAAAAGCUAUAACAUAUAAUGAUAAAUGGGCAGAGGUUAAGAAAAAUUUCUUUAAAAUAUGGCCCACAAAGCCCGAUAUGUUUGAUUUUUGCAUCAAGAAUUAUUAAAUAUAUGGAAGAUAACUUA